AUGGACGAAGUGGCUACCCAAGGCAGCUCCCUCGCUCGCCUCGCCACGGCAUACCCCAAUCAAAUCCGUCUGGACUCGCACGUCGAGGAGGCUGCGGCCAAGGCUCGCCUACGCGCUCCUCGGAGUCCUGCUGCCCUCUCCCUCCUGCCCACCCCCCCGCCAGCAACGGUCACGUCCGGAGACAACGGUUGA